AUGCAACAACUGCCACCUGUAAAGUCCACGAGUGAUGCAUCGGAGAAUGAUGAAGAGCAGCAACACGUUUCUUCUUCCACAACGACUCCUCUCAAAACCACCACACCUUUCUUAUCGGAUCAAGACCACAAUCAUCAUGUUGUCAACAACGACGACGAAGACGACGAAAUUACAACAAGAACAACAAGAACAACCAUCACCUCCUCCGGUCAUCCAUCGGUUUCGACUCAUCCUAUGAAUGUUUCUCCUUCUUCUUUUUCUUCUCAACCAGAACAACAACAAUUCUUUCAAAUUCCAAAACUUGCUCUUUCGAAUUUACAUCCUUCCAACCCUAUGAAUGAUGCAUCGCAAGUUACACAUACCACACAACCACCACCACAACCUUUCAAUAAUUAUAUGAACAAUUAUUCUUCUGUUCCUUCUCAUCACAACAACCACCAAUCCAUUCCAAACACAUAUUCUCCCAACAGCAGUCGAAGUCAUCAUUCCAAUCAUUCUAAUUAUUCAAACCCAUUGUUGUUCAUGAACAACAGUACUAAUCAAGGUUAUCCUCCUUUCAAUAAUAAUUAUCAUUACAACUCGUCGUCGAUGAUGAAUGGUGGCGUUAUGUAUUCCACUCCUUCUCCGAUGAGUACUUCUCGAAGACAUCGAUACAUGAUGACGUCAUCCAUGAUGAUGAUGAUGAACAAUCAUCCAAUGACUUCUUCAACAACACCUUCUUCUCAACGAUUUUCAAUGACAAGUCCAAUGUCACAUCGUAAUUAUCCAUCACAUUUGUUGAAUCAUUCCUCUUCGACUCCUUCAUUGUGGAAGAAUGUUGACACAAGUGGAAUGGUGCCAAUCAUGUCUUCGACAACAACGCCAUACCUUCAUCAUUACAACUGGAAUGGAGGAGGACAACAACCAGUCAACAUGUAUGCAGUUCCACCCUCACAACAGCCAUCACAACAGUUUAAUUCUUUUCACACCAUGUCACAACCGACCACACCAGAGAUGGUUGACAGCCAAUUGAGCUCAUGUUCAGGAAUGAUCAUGUCCUCAUCAACAAAUGCUCGAAUGUCGUCCUUAGAAGAGGAACACUCUGCAGUAGAUGCUUUGUGUGAAAGACAGUUCGAUCGACUUUUUCAGGGUGUGGGAGCAUUAUUGGAUGAAUCUGAGAGGGAAGUGGAACAGUUGAGAAUGUGGAAUGAGAAAACGUGUGAAGAAAUUGAUUUCUUGAAUCAAGUUCGAGAAAAUUUAGUAUUUCAAUGUGAAGAAUUGACAAGAGAGUUGGAAAAAGAAAAAAGCAAUGUUCUAUCAAAAACGAAGGAAAUUGAGACUAUAAAAUUUGAUUUGGAAUUGAAAAAUUUGGAGAAUAGAAAUUUUGAGAGACAGAUAUUCACUUUAAAACAACAAAUUGCAGAAUCCAGUGAUGUCAUUAAUCGCUUAGAAACAAACUUGUCAAACAAAGAAAAGCAACUUGUCAAGUUGGAUGAAGAUAUGAGAAAGGAAGUUGAAACUGUCACACAGCGUCUGACUGAAGAGAUUAAACGAAAGGAAAAGAUGUUGGCAGAUGUCGAGGAAGAGCACAAACUAAAGACUGCUGAAAUUAUUUCAUUGAAUAGAAAAUUAGAAAAUUGCAAUAUUGAGCUUGCUGACUUUAAAUCCUUAAAAGAUCGAAUGGAAAAGCAAAUUGAUCAGUUGAAACUUGAAAACAAAACACUCAAAAACAACAAUGAAGGAUACCUCAACAUUAUUGAACAGCAAAACAAGACCAUCAAUAGAAUUAACUGCUCCAUUAAAGAAAAGGAGAAUGAUAUUGAUCAAAAGGAGAAUGAGCGACAAAGCAUUUACUCUGAAUUAAUGUCACUCAAAAGAACAACUUCAGAAAAGGACAUUGUUAUGAACGAAAGACAAACAGAACUCAAUAUUCUAAAAAAGAAAUUGGAACAAAAGGAGGAAGAGACACUUAGAUUGCACACGCAGCUCGAUCAGGAACGUGAAAAGAGCAGAAUUCUUCAAGAAGAAAAGACAGAAUUGAGAAAUCAAUUCCAAAAAGAAAAGGAAGAAAAAAACUUGCUCGAACACCAAACAAAAUUAUUGGAAAACAAAUUAGGAGCCAUUGACAGUGGUGCUAAGGAAGCACUUGUCGAAAAUGAUCAUCUCAAAAAAGAAAAUGAAGAGUGUAGACAGAAACUUCAAACCUACACACAAGAAAUUGAUCGUUUAAACAAACAAUUAGUAGAAUUGAUUACCAAAAAUUCAGACAAUGAAAGAGAAAUUAAGCAAAAACUACAAGAAAUCGAUGACAAGUCAUUUACCAUUCAAUCUAAAGAAAAAGAAAUUCAACGACUGAAUGAAUGUCUUAAAGACAAAGAUGUUGAGUUGUCUAAAUUGACACAAGAAAAUCAAGACAUUCAAUCCAAGACGAAUUCUCUCAAUACUCAAAUUCAAAGUUUGACCAUCGAUCUCAAUGACUCUAUGGAGGAAUGUGACAGAUUGAGACAAUACUUGACAGAAGAGAAAAGCUUUAUUAUUGAAUCAGAUCCCACUCUUAAACUUGUCCUCAUGAUGAAACAAGAAGGUUUCACAAUUGAUGAUAAUUACAUUGAUCGAGUGAGAGGAAAAUCAAUUUUCAAUCUUUUGAGAGCAGGAAUUGGAAUUGGAAAAGACAAGACCGAUAUAGAACGCAAAAACGAAGAAACAAUCUUUGCAGAAAAAGCAUUAUCCAACUGGUUAGCUCAAUUAUUACCCAAUGAUUACAAAUUAGAACAAACACUUUAUGAAAAUAUUUCGGAUGGAACGAUGCUUUGUAAAAUGAUCGAUACCAUCUUUAAGGAAGUUCAACCAUGUGACCAUGUGAAAUGCGAUUCUUCAUUAUUGCGAAAUCGACGAAACGAUUCAGACAACAUUUCAGUGUAUUUGGAAUAUUGCAAAAAAUUAGAGCUUAAAAGUUUCUUUGAACCAAAUAUGAUUUUUAAAGUAUUGGAAGCGCAACGACAAGAUGAUAUGAAUUCGGUAUUCAAAGAAAGAGCUCUCAUUGUUUGCAAUAUUGCACAAGUGUUUGAACUCUCAGUGAAAUGUGCCAUAACUCCACGAAAGAAAGAUGAAAUAUUAACCACACUUUUUGUUGCUAAACAAGAACGUGAACAAAAUAGUCCACUUCAAUCGUCGAGAAGUAGAUCGACCUCUGUGACAUUAACCAAAAUAGAUCGAAGACAGAAGAGAAAUAGUUUUGCAUUUACAAACCUUUCUGUACCAUUUUCCAAGUCAGGUACAGAAAGCGUUUCUCCAAAAUCAGCCAUUCUAUCGAGAGAUACGUCUAAUUCAUGGUUUGGAUCGAACAACUCUUCUCCAGUGCAUCUAUCUUCACAGUCAAGAUUGAGCAUUCCUAAUUUGAGCCCUUUUACCAUUUCGCCACGCGAUAGCAGCGGUGGUUCUGCACGAAGUAGCAGUACAGGGAUAGAAGACGACAUUUGGCUUGAGCAUAUGAUUGAAGAUAUGAAAUUGUCUCUGUUAAAUGAGCAACAAAAAUUCUGCCUCAAAUAUUAUUUGAACAUGUCAGGUAGCUAUUUCAUUAACGAAGAGCAACGUGACGAAUUUAUGAACUUGUUAUCCAAAUGCAAGUUUGUGCAAUUCGAUUUUUCAGGCUGUUUGCCAUUUUUCAACUUCUUUAGUGUAGAUAAGGAAGUUUGUGAAUUGUUGAAUCGAUUAAGUGAAAACAAACAUGCACUCAGGGCAGAUUUUAGUAGCUUCAAUCUAAAACCACAUAUUAAGAUUGUGGAACAGUUCAUUGCAUCUACAACUGUCAAAUACUUGGUCUUGAAAGAUUGCGGUUUAGAUGAGCAAGACAAGGUUGCUUUGAAACAGUUGGCCAAAAAACACGAUGUUUAUGUUGAUUUGUAA